AGCAGACGAUAUUUACAGGAAUCAUACGACAAGUAGACAGUGGGCAAAAUGGUGGCAGACGAGAAAUUAUUUUUCUCGAAAGCCGUCCAACAUUUAGCUAGAUGUUUAGCAGCGAUUAAACCUACACCAUGGGAGAAGGUUACACAGUUGUUCAAGUUAUGCCCACAAGAAUCUGCUCAGGGUAUAUACCGAUUGGAUCAAAGAGGACAAGAUACAACUAUUGCAUUGGGAAUAUAUUUUCUGGAAUCUGGUUUACAACAUCGGGAUAAGAUAUUACCAUAUCUUUUGCGAUUACUACGUGGUCUUCCAAAAGCUGUAUGGUUGGAUGAGGUCAAAUGUUUACCUAGUGAACGUAUUCCUGUUGCUGAACGUUUUAGUUUCUGCUUAAACACAUUACUCAGUGAUGUUGCAUCUAGAUGUGAAUCUGUACGCGAAGAAAUUAUUUCUACUCAAGUAGAAAUAUUAGCAGUUUUAACAAAUCUUAUUAGGGGAUACAAAGAUCAAAAUGGGAAUAGAGGAAUGCAAGCAAAAUUAUCAUUAUGCAAAUGCUUAGUUCCGGUAUUAAUUGGUUUAGCUCGAUCUAUGGGUCGCUUUGCUUAUACUGAUCCACCUCUUUUAUGCCGAAUUUUUCCGAGACCGGAACCACCUCUCUCAGUACCAAAAGUAGAAAUGCGUUUAACAUUGGAUAAAAAGCAGCAUAGCUUUUCGAACUUUCGACCGAUUAUUCCUCGAUCAUUAAGCGGUAACUUCAAUCCUCAUCCGGCUAUAGACACUGCACCAAGUCUACUAAUUGGGGAUCACGAAUAUUCUUACGCCAAACGACCAUCGUUACAAUCUUACUCAUCGGUGCCCUAUGAUCCAGCCACAUAUUUUUUUAGUAGAUAUGGAUCAAGUUUCAAUCAGUUUCCUCAAAUGAGAUGCAAUGAAAGUCCUGAAAGGAGAGCUGCCAUGCAAUUUAAUGUGGUACAUUUACAAAGUGUACUGGCUUUGGCAAAGAAAUUGCUUACUAAAGAAAUUUUAAUGUUCCUUGAUGAGGAAACUCAGCAAGUUUACAACUCCGGACAGGUGCAAAUAUUUCCUUAUCGUACAUUUAACGAGACAAUGAAUCUAGUAAUGGUUGCUCUUUUACGGGAAUUGUUACAAAAUCAACGUGAUUUGCCUAUUCCUUUUACAAGAGACGUACAAGAGUUUGUGAAAGGUCUCUUUCUAUCCGGUCAAACAGAAUUGCAAUCACGUCAACAUGAUGCAAGUGAACGCGAAGAUAUGGACACUAAUUUUAGAACUGUAAAUAGGUUUAAAGUAAACGUUAUGGCUAAUUCUGCGUGUGUCGAUCUUCUUGUUUGGGCAAUUGGUGAUGAAACUGUGAGAGACCAGUAUGAUUUGUCCGCGCUAUUCGCAGAUAUCAGUUCAAUGCUGAUUGGCGAGGGUGCAGAUAGUUUAUGUGGUCGUUUAGUUGAAAAGAUUAAUUCUAAUCAUGGACCAAAACUGGUGCUGGCGCAUAUGCCUUUAUUAAUGGUAUGCCUUGAAGGAUUAGGAAAAUUAGCGCAAAAGUUUCCUAAUAUAGCGAGUACAUCUAUAUAUUAUCUUCGGGACUUUCUUGUUGUUCCAUCUCCUAUACUACUUAAAUUACACCGUCAACAAAGUGAAAGAGGGAAAGAUAUGCAAGAUUCGAAACAAACUACUUCGUCAAUACAAACAGCCUUUGAAAAACUACGCGACGCAGCUAUUGGCAAUCUUUGCAUUGCUCUAGAAGCUGCUCAUUCUGUAAAUCCAGAUUGUGUACCAGCAUUAGUUGCCAGCGUCUCGAAUAGAUUAUUUGCUGCUGACAUAUGUGACGGUGAAUCCGAUGACAGGUCGAAUAGCGAAUUAAUUUCGAAAAACAUAGUAAUCAUGUUGGGGCAUGUUGCCGUUGCGUUGAAAGACACCCCAAAGACUAUGCGUACAAUAUUCCCAUUUUUUCAGCAAUUAUUUUGUCGUACUCCGAGUGAUCUUGAUUUUCUGAUCGUGGAUCAGUUAGGAUGUAUGAUCAUUGCGAAAUGCGAAUCAAAGAUUUACGAAGGCAUAAUGCAAAUGUUUUCUAUGUCGCUGGGCUCGAGUACCGCAACUUAUGCUUCGAACGAUGAUCGUAAACAAUAUUGUCACGUAGCUAAGGCAGUCACAAAUGCUCUUGCAAAUAUAGCAGCAAAUCUUCAAGGUGAAUCAGAAUUGGACGAUUUGCUACUUCACUUGCUUGAACUUUUUGUUCAACUCGGACUAGAGGGUAAACGUGCCAGCGAUAAGGCGUCAAAUAACGUUUCAGUAACGAAAGCAGCAACUAGCGCAGGAAAUUUGGGUGUGCUUAUUCCUGUAAUCGCUAUAUUAGUAAGGCGACUUCCGCCGAUCAGACAUCCAUACAAGAGACUCCUAAAACUUUUUAAAGACUUUUGGCUUUAUUGUGUCGUAAUGGGUUUCGCUGGUGAUCAAGCAUCGAGAUUAUGGCCUGCAGAAUGGUACGAAGGUGUCAAAGAAAUUGCUGUAAAAUCACCUUACCUUAUUUCGCAAACUAGUGCACGUCUUGAAAUGAGAGAAUUGCAGUAUACUUCAGCUGUACGCAAUGAUAGCGUUUCUUUAAACGAAUUGCAAGAAUUGAGGAGUCAAGUAUUAAAACUAAGUACUCGAACUAAUGAUAUAUCCCAAUAUGUAACAAAAUUGCAAUUUGCACAGUGUACAUAUUUAUUAUCAGUCUAUUGGUUAGAGACUUUGAGGGUGGCAAACAGUCCUGAACCUAGUUUACAACCAAUAAUGGAAUAUUUAUGCGAUACAGAUUUGCAAAAAGAUAAGAGCGGCAUGUGGCAGUGUAUAUGUUGUGUUGCUGAUUCCGUCUUUGUAAAAUUCAAAGAUGUUAUGCAGCGUAAACCGAAAGACGAAAGGCGCGAGAAAGAACUCGAAAAUCAUGCUCAAUUUCUUCUCGUGUAUUUUAAUCAUGUACAUAAACAGAUUAGACGGAUAGCGGACAAGUAUCUUAGUGCACUGGUGGAUGCGUUUCCGCACCUUCUAUGGAAUUGCAAAGUGCUUUGGAGUAUGUUGGAUAUAUUACAGAUUUUAUCAUUCUCGUUACAAAUUGAUCCAAACGAAGAGACACCAAUUUUACGAAUACCUGGUACACCAUACAGUAUAGAACUUACGGAUACGCUCGAAGCAAGAGAGAUUAUUGUGAAAGAUUUCACUGCGAGAUGUAAAGGUAUAGUACAAGAAGCCAUGAAGUGGGCGCCUCAAGCCACUAAAUCGCAUUUACAGGAAUAUGUAAAUCAAAUUCCGUCUUCUAGAUUAAAACACCAUUCUGGUUUAUGUUUGUCUACGGAUUCAGUUCUUGAAUUUGUGGACCUUGCUAUUCCAACAUCGGCCUUACCAAACACUAAUUCGUUAGAUAAACGACCACGUGGUCCAAAAGGAGCCAGCUCGUGGCUUCUGUCGAUGAUGUCUACACGUUCACGAUAUGCUGGAGAAAUAGCAGGAAUGCUAUCGUUGGCGCAAACCGAAUCAUCUACUUCCGAAAUAUCUUUUGAAGAAAUUAGAAACAAAGUUAUUGACUUAUUAAUUGAUGCUGUGUGGAUGGCUUGUCGUGCUCGAAAUGAUGUUAACCAUCGUAGCGCUCUUUGGCGUGCUACUGCAUUAUUAAUUUCUAUGCCUGGGACACAUAGACGUUUGCUGCAUACAGUAGCUUCUUCGCAAAUUGAAUUGUUCACUCCUGCAGCUAUGACAACAGCAGUUGAAUGCUGGCAGUGGAUACUUACCGUACGGCCAGAUUUGAAACUGCGCUUUUUACAAGAAAUGUUUGUUGCGUGGCAGUAUACUGUUGACAAAAGAAUGGGUUUGUUCGCACCAGACGAAGAAGAAGUCAGUCCGUUAGCAGUAUACGAGGGUUGCAAGUUAGGUUCAAAUCCUCCCCAAGUGAAACCUCAUGAUAUUUGGGUUACAUUUAUCGUAGAAUUGAUUGAAACUGCUAAAUAUUGCUGUCAAGAAACGGUUGAUAUGAUUGUCACAUUAUUACAUCGGUCAUUGCCUAUGACUGUUGGUGCUUCUGGCGAAGAGCCUGGAAUGAGUCGCCAUGUUGCUGCAGUUGGAGUGCGCUUUAAAUUGCUUUCUUGUGGACUUCUUCUUCUUCAAGGAGAUAUUUUACCGAGGACAUUAAGUAAAAACGUACUACGAGAACGCGUAUAUUGUAAUUGUUUGGAUUAUUUCUGUCGAGAUCGUCAAGUACCAACGCAAGAACUAGAACAAUUACACGAGGAUUUAGUUACGCUUAUACGUUUCUGGCAAGUAAUGCACAGUGACAAAAAAUAUUUGGUUAUGACUGGCACCGACAGUGAAUUUGAAAUGUUAACAUCCCAAUCGUAUUCAACUGGUGCUUUUGGACCUAGUGAAACAAUUAGUUCUUUGAGUACGUCCUUUGGUACAACGAAUGCUGACUUUUCGAAAACACCGACAAGCGUAUGGAUUAAUACAGUUCCAAUGUCUACUAGUAGCAAUACUUUGGGCAAACGUAGUAAUCGUAGCAAACGUGUUAUGAACGCUAACGUCUUUGUAAAAGAUUAUAUAAAAAAAAGAAAUUUGAUCCUCGAACUGUUGGCAGUCGAAAUAGAAAUGUUAUUAGUUUGGAGAAAUCCUAGUGGGAGACAAGAGCUUGCACUUCCAGGUGAAUCAAGUAUUGCAGAAUGGCGCGCUAAGGGAAUGAAUGAUCGGUGGCGAGAAUAUACGCGACUUGCAUGGGAAAUUAGUCCUAUCCUUGCCAUAUUUUUACCAGUUCGAUUAAAGAAUUCUGAAAUUAUUAUCAAGGAAGUAUGUGGACUUGUUCGCCUUAAACCUGUGCCGGUUAUGCAUGUCCCAGAAGCUUUACAAUAUCUCGUUACGACUGAUACAUUACUUAACGAUGUACCUGAAUUGGUGUAUAUGUUAACAUGGGAGAGAGUAUCACCUAUUCAAGCACUAGCAUACUUCUCUCGUCAAUUUCCUCAUCAUCCAAUUUCUGCACAAUAUGCAGUAGAGGUACUAAGUAGUUAUCCAGCAGAUGCUGUACUUUUUUAUAUACCACAACUUGUACAAGCUGUACGCCAUGAUACUAUGGGUUAUGUGAUAGAAUUUAUAAAGAAAAUCGCAAAACGUUCACAGGUUGUAGCACAUCAACUAAUUUGGAACAUGUAUACAAAUAUGUAUGUGGACGAAGAUAAACAAAUAAAAGAUCCAGUUUUGUAUGAUAUACUAGAUUCGCUUGUAAAAAGUAUUUUAGGAUCGUUAUCUGGUCCAGCGAAACAAUUUUAUGAAAGAGAAUUCGACUUUUUCGAAAAGAUUACGAAUAUUUCAGGUGAUAUAAGGCCAUAUCCUAAAGGUCCUGAACGUAAAUCAGCGUGUCUAAAAGCUUUGUCACAAAUUAAAGCACAGCCAAGUUGCUACUUGCCAUCUAAUCCUGAAGCAAUGGUAAUUGAUAUUGAUUAUCAAAGUGGAACUCCUAUGCAGAGUGCCGCAAAAGCACCAUUUUUAGCGCGUUUCAAAGUUCGAAAAUAUGGAAUUAAUGAAUUAGAGAAUAUUGCAUUAGCAGUAUCAACUAAUGGUAAAGUUGAUAUUAAAAGAGAACCAGAAAAAGAGACGUGGCAAGCUGCUAUUUUUAAAGUCGGAGAUGAUGUUAGACAAGAUAUGUUAGCUUUACAAGUGAUCAGUAUUUUCAAGAAUAUAUUUGAAAAAGUUGGAUUAAAUUUAUUCUUGUUCCCAUAUAGAGUAGUAGCUACGGCACCUGGGUGCGGUGUGAUAGAAUGUGUACCUAAUGCAACUUCACGUGAUCAACUUGGUCGCACCACUGAUAUUGACAUGCAUCAAUAUUUUAUCACACGUUAUGGAGAUGAAACGACAAAAGAAUUUCAGAACGUACGUCGUAAUUUUGUGAAAUCAAUGGCUGCCUAUAGUGUAAUCACAUAUCUUUUACAAAUAAAAGAUCGCCACAAUGGCAACAUUAUGUUGGACACAGAAGGUCAUAUCAUACAUAUCGAUUUUGGAUUUAUGUUUGAAAGUUCGCCUGGUGGUAAUUUAGGCUUUGAGCCUGAUAUUAAGCUAACAGAUGAAAUGGUGCUCGUAAUGGGUGGUAAAAUGGAGGCCGCGCCUUUUCGUUGGUUCAUGGAAUUAUGUGUACAGGCUUUUCUCGCCGUUAGACCUUACCAGGAAGCUAUUAUUUCUCUGGUUUCUCUAAUGCUUGAUACCGGAUUGCCAUGUUUCCGUGGACAAACGAUAAAACUUUUACGCGGCAGAUUCGUGCCGACAGCAACUGAUCGCGAAGCGGCGGCCUAUAUGCUCAAUGUAAUACGUAACAGCUACCUCAAUUUCCGUACGAAAACUUACGACAUGAUACAGUAUUAUCAAAAUCAAAUUCCCUAUUAGAUUACUAUUUCUAAGUAACUUUCGUUAACGAUUGUUAAUUUAUAAUGGAGAAAUUCAUUAUUUCUGCAAAGAUUGUUGAAUGAAUACACCAUGUACUAUAUUGUUAGAUGCAACAGCAUUGAAUCUGUUGUCUGUACAAACCCCUCAGUGUCAAUGUUAUUCUUAAACUCACAUAAAUUUUAUGGAAGCAUUGAGCUCUGUAUGUAUGUAACAAUAAUGUAUUAUAAAGUGGAAAGAAAUUAUCUGAUAUGCCUGCUAUCAAGCAGAAGAUAUGAGAAACAUUCCUCUGUUUAUUAUUUAUAUACUGUUAUCAGUUAAACAUUAAAUGGGAGUGUAAUUAAACAAUCUGUAAUUUAAUUAUAAGUAUCUUAUAUUAACUAAAGAUUACAUGUAAGACUUCUAUUUAAAUUAACUGUAUUUAUUAUAUAUUACAAUCAAAGUAUAACUAA